CGCUGGCUAUUAUCAUGCUGUGUUCGGCUCCUUUGAAUAUACUUCUUCCGUAUCUGAUAUCGGAGCUCAGCGCCGAUGGUGCUACGGCGUAUGCUAUUAAUAUGGGACUCUUCAUAAUUGGAGGUCCCGGUGUAGUCUUCGGGUAUUGGCUUGCAUCUGAGGCUACCGACGGUGCAGACAUCAGGCAGCCCUUCUUUUUGUUUCCUCCGUUCCAAUUGCCAGCGGCAUCUGUGCGGGCAUUAAAUAUCGAACAUGAACUUGCAGCAUGCCACUAUUUGCAGAGCAGCGAAAGAGUGCUUUUUCGAUACGUCAAAUUUUGCAACAUUUCUGGGCGGUUUGGUUCUACCAUAAAAUUUUGCUGCGAUGUACUUCUAAACAGAACAGAAGAACCAUGGUACGAGGUUCAAGCUCUCUCCGAUUCACCACACGGAAUUCUUUACGACGUCUUGUUCAUGCUCGUUUUCGGCGGCGUGAUCUUUAUCUACCUUCUCUACCGCGUGUCGGGAGGUUGUUCGCUAGGCCUACUGAGCACAUUUCCACCGGGAAAGGCAGCCAUGUCCGAAGACGAAGACGUGGCUGCCGAGUGGACCGCCGUGGAAAAAAUCUGCGAAACUGGUAACUUUGGCGAUAGCACCCUGGUGGCCCAAAGGCUGCACAAAACCUUCGGUGAGCUGCAGGCUGUGAGAGAACUCUCGUUCGCCCUACGACCGGCUGAAUGCUUCGGCCUGCUGGGAGUCAACGGUGCCGGAAAGACCACAACGUUCCGAAUGCUGACCGGCCUCACCUGCAUGACGUACGGGGAAGCCUUCAUGAGGGAUGAAGUGCUGUCAAAGGAUCCUCGGAAGUGGCAAUCCAGGAUUGGCUACUGCCCUCAAGGUAACGCACUGCUAGGAAAGCUGACCGCUUACGAGAGCCUCUACCUGUUCGGUCGGCUGCGAGGUGUACCCGAAGAGACCUUGCCAGAUGCAGUAGAGAACAUCAUUGAAACGGCAGACCUACGUGAACAUGCAGCGAAGAGGUGCGAGUAUUACAGUGGGGGAAAUAUGCGCAAGCUCUCAAUCGCGGUGGCGUUGGUCGGUCCGCCUGAAGUCCUGUUCCUGGACGAACCGUACGCCGGCGUCGAUGUGCUGGCCAGGACGCGUAUCCACGAGAAGCUCAACCGCAUCAAGGACAGCACGGAAUGCAGCAUCGUGCUCACUUCUCACAGUUUGGAAGAAUGCGAGGCUGCCUGCGACCGGAUAUGCAUUAUGGUUCAAGGCACGAUGGUCUGCCUGGGCACAUUACAGCACCUUAAGGAUAAGUUCGGCAAAGGUUGCCGAAUCCAAUUCAUGCUUCCCGACGAUACCAAGGUCAAGUCACAGGAACUGAUAAAGAACGUCGGUAACGAGUUCCCAGACAUGACGGUCUUGAAUAUAAGUCCACAACUCCUCGAAAUCCGUAUCGAGGCAAAGCUUCCAUGGAGCACAAUUUUUCAAGGAAUUGCAUCGCUGGAGAAGGACAUUGGUUUCGAGCAUGUACUCGUUUCAGAUAACACCUUGGAGCAAUUAUUCAUUGAGUUUGCUAAAGAAGGCAAAAGGAAAGAAAAUAUUGCUGCCACUCAUCCAUCCACAGCCUAACCUCGACGGCGUUCUUCGGAAGCCACACCAGAAUAUCUGACUGUGACCUGUUCAGUUCCGACUUGUGUGAAUCGUUAAGCGCAAUAGCAUUCGUAACUUUUUUGAAUAAAAUGACUACGGCCACUUUGUAUCAC